CUUCCGGCGGCGGGCGGAAGCGGCGCCGGGCCGCGAUGGAGGAGUGAGAGCGGCGGGCUGGGAAUGGCCGUCCACGGCGCUAUGGAGACGGUGCAGCUGAGGAACCCGCGGCGGCAGCUGAAGAAGUUGGAUGAAGACAGCUUAACCAAACAGCCUGAAGAAGUAUUUGAUGUAUUGGAGAAGCUUGGAGAAGGUUCGUAUGGCAGUGUGUUCAAAGCUAUUCAUAAAGAGACGGGUCAGGUGGUUGCAAUCAAACAGGUUCCUGUGGAGUCUGACCUGCAAGAGAUUAUAAAGGAGAUAUCCAUAAUGCAGCAGUGUGACAGGCUGGACUUGUACAGUCAAGUUACCCCGUAUCAGCUGAGUCAUGUUUGGGUAGUGUUAACCCAAGUGAAGCCCUCAUGUGGUGAAAUAUUACGGCAGCUACUUUAAGAACACAGACCUGUGGAUCGUCAUGGAAUACUGCGGCGCUGGAUCCGUGUCUGAUAUUAUUCGGUUACGAAAUAAAACUCUUACAGAGGAGGAAAUUGCUACGAUAGUACAAUCAACACUGAAAGGGCUGGAGUACCUGCAUUUUAUGAGGAAAAUACAUAGAGAUAUCAAAGCUGGAAAUAUAUUGCUAAAUACAGAGGGACAUGCUAAGCUUGCAGAUUUUGGAGUGGCAGGACAACUCACAGAUACCAUGGCAAAACGGAACACAGUUAUAGGGACCCCGUUUUGGAUGGCUCCAGAAGUGAUUCAAGAGAUUGGAUACAAUUGCGUUGCAGACAUCUGGUCACUGGGAAUCACUGCAAUAGAAAUGGCUGAAGGCAAACCACCAUAUGCAGAUAUUCAUCCUAUGAGGGCAAUUUUCAUGAUUCCUACCAAUCCGCCUCCAACGUUUCGGAAACCAGAGCUCUGGUCAGAUGCUUUCACAGACUUCGUGAAGCAGUGUCUUGUCAAGAGCCCUGAGCAGCGUGCUACUGCAACACAGCUUCUGCAGCACCCAUUUGUUAAAAGUGCCAAAGGAGCAUCAAUUCUGCGCGAUUUGAUUAACGAAGCGAUGGACAUCAAACUGAAACGCCAGGAGGCACAACAGCGUGAGCUGGAUCAAGAAGAUGAAGAAAAUUCAAACACCCCUUAUAGAAACUUUGUACUACACAAGAGCAACCGCCAGAAGUAUGAGGAGGAAGAUGAAACUGAUUCAGGUACCAUGGUGAGGGCAAGUGGAGAUGAAACUGGUACCAUCAGAGUGGUCAACACAAUGAGCGAUGGAGCCAACACCAUGAUAGAACACGAUGGCACCUUGGAAUCCCAGUUGGGUACAAUGGUCAUAAACACCGAAGAUGAAGAGGAGGAGGGCACCAUGAAAAGGAGGGAUGAAACAAUGCAGCCAGCCAGACCAUCAUUCCUGGAAUAUUUUGAGCAGAAAGCAAAGGAGAAUCAAGUCAAUAGCUUUGGGAAGAAUGUAUCUGGCCAGACAAAAAACUCAUCUGAUUGGAAAGUACCACAGGAUGGAGACUACGAGUUUCUGAAGACGUGGAGUGUGGAUGAGCUGCAGAGGAGGCUGUCGGCGCUGGACCCCAUGAUGGAGCAGGAGAUCGAGGAGAUCCGCCAGAAGUACCAGUCCAAGCGGCAGCCCAUCCUCGAUGCCAUCGAAGCCAAGAAGCGGCGGCAGCAGAACUUCUGAGCCACGGGUAGAAUGUCCUUCCAGCCUCCAGCAAUCAGCUCCUUGCUUCUAUGACUACUAAACAGGUUGAUUUCUAUUGAAAUACGCUAGCAAAAUAGAGGGCAAUACUUCUGCUCAUUUAUUUUUCCAUAGCACCUUUGUGAACUCAGGAAUGCCAUUAAGUGGAGAAUCCUUGUGGUGUGUUUUAAUUUAGGCACAUAUUUAAAGCAGUAUCCGAAGGAGUUCUGUUACUGUUUUUAGAUGGAUUAUUUUUAAGUCAGAUGAGUGGAUAGAAAUAGACCAAUGGAAGAUGGCUCACUCUCUUUUCAACUGAACCUUUCCAUACUCCGUUUUCUUUAAGUUAAUAUGAAUUGUGUAUUUAAUGGCUGCAUCUGUUGUGGGUUUUUUUUAUUGUUUUUGUUGUUCUUUGUGAAUGCACAGACUCUGUUUCAAGCUGAUGACUGUAUGGUUCUGCUGUUAAGGUACUGAUAAGUUUUAGGUCGUUGAAGAGAGUAGAUGAGAACACCUACAGACUGUCCCAGCUGUUUGGAAGACACUUAAAUCUCAUUUUUAAAAAGCUGUAAUAAGCCCCAUGCCUUACACUUUGUGCUUUGAUCGAGUGGGAUUUCUUCAAGAACUUGGUUUUGUCCUUUGCUUGUGUACGUUAGGAAUUAAUAUGAGUAGAUGAAGUGUGUUGUGCCUCCAAGAGAAGUUACAUUCUGUAAUUUAAAACCCACUUUGACUUAAAGCCGAAAGCCAAUCGAUGAUCUGACCUAAAACAAAGCAGAUUCCCCUCCGUCUGUCCUUCUGCUGACAGCAGAGUGCUGGGGGGGCACGGUGUGUGAAUGGGUGGAAGUCACUGAACCUCUCUCAGAAUUUGGUACUUCUGCUGUGUCUGAGAGCACUGCAAGCACUCUGCAAUGUGUGAAAUAUUUCAUACGCUUCAUCACUUCACAUUCACCUCUUUAGGUGCUGGAAUAAAAACUUCACAAUAUUUUGCAUUUCUGCCAGGCUUAGCACGUCAGAAAGUUAAACAGAAAGCAGACAUUCGUUGGGUUAUCAGAGAUGUGCAUUGUUGGAUGGAGAGGGGGCAGAGCUGAUCCAGAGAGGCCAAUGGCUGAUGUCCCAGAAGCCAAUGUCUGGGAAGAGAUUCAUUCUCUUCAGUCCCUCUGAGUGCUCCUUUCUCAUUAAAUUUCCCGACACGGGUCUAUGGCUGAAGAUGCCCUGCUUGUACAAUCAGUGAGGAUGG